AUGGAUAGAGCACAGUUAAAUUUAAAAAUAUUAAUGAAAAAAUUUUUAAGUGAUGAAAAAGAAUAUAUAAAAUUUGAGAAUAAAGGUAAUAAAGAUAUAAUAGUUUUUGAAAAGAAAAAUUUUUACAUUUAUAGUGAUGUUUUAUGUGGUAUUGAAAGUCGGAAAAAGGAAAAGUAUAAUAUAGGAGAUAUUUAUUUAUUUUUAUGUUUGCCUAAAAAUAAUUAUACUUAUUCUUAUAUUAAUUCUAUUGGUUAUAAAUAUAUAAGUAUAUUAGAAAGAAAUAAAAUUAUAAAAAUUAUAGAAGAAGAUGAGGAUAGUGACGAAAUAAAAGUUAAUUUUUUUAUUUAUGAUGUUAAAAAAAAAAUAGAUUUACAUGAUUAUGUAGAUAUAGAAAAAGAACAUAUUAUAAAAGUAGAAUUAUUUAAUUAUGAAAAUAGCGAAGAUGCAGGAGGUAGUGAAGAUAAUAUAGAAAAAAAAGAUACAAAAAUAAAUGAAAAUGAAAAAAAUAAAAUAAUUAAAAAAGAAGACUUAAUUGUUAUCAACAAAAAUAAUAUAGAAAAUAAACAGGAGAAAAAAUUAUCAGAUAUCAACAAGGAAAAUAAUAAAUCGAACGAAGAUAAUCUCAUAUCUUUUGAAAAUACUAGAAAAAUAUGUGAUUCAGAUAAAAUAUUAGGGUCUUUAAUAUUUUAUUUUAAAAAUGAUUAUAUAUAUAAUUCCUUAUAUAAAAUGAAAAAUAAAAGCUUAAGAAAAAAAAGAAAAUAUAAUUUUGUAGAAGAAGAUAUGUCAUUUUUGGAAUACGAUGAGUUAAUGUAUUAUAAUAUUAAUGAAAUAAAUUCAAUUGAAGAAUAUGAUAAUGAAUUAGGUAGUUUUGAGUUUAUAAAAAAAAAAUGUUCUUUAGAAAAAGGUUUAUAUAAUGACAAGGAAUCAAAUAAUAAAGAAGAAGAAAAUAUUUGUGAAAAAGAAGAAAAACUAAAUGACAAGUACUAUCAUGAAAAUAGUGAAAAUCAGAAGAACGGUGAUUCUAUAGAAAAGAAUAACAGUAUUGUAAAACAUUAUUAUGAAAACAAUUUUUUUCAAAAUAUUUUUUUUCAAAAUUUAGAUUUAUAUUCUUUAUUGAAAAAUACAUAUUUUAGAAAAUUACCUAAUGAAGAAGAAAUUAAUAAAAAUGUAAAAUUAAUUAGUGAAAAUUUUUAUAAGAAUUACAUGAAAUUUAUUGAAAAUAAUCACAAAUUGAAUUCUUCGAACAGUGAAUGCCCAUUAAGUGAAAGUAUAAACAGUUUCAUUGAUAUAAAUGAUGAAUACAUUAUUAAUAAGAGUUUAACAGAAAAAGAUAAUUUUAUUUUUGAUUGGAAUACACAUGAUAUGAAUGAAGAAUAUGAAAAUUCAGUAAAUAAAUAUAAAAAAUUAGAUUAUAAUCAUAUAUUAUUUUCUUUAAGAAAAAAGAGAAGGGAAUUUUAUAAUGGAAAAAAAUCUCUUGAAAUCAUGAAAAAUUUUAAUGAACAUGAUAAAAUUAUAUUAUUUCAUAAUUUAUUAGCACAAUAUAUAUACUCCUUAAAUAAUAAAAAAUAUUAUGAACAAAAUAAAGGAACUAUAGAUUUUGUUCAUAACUUUAUAAAUAAUUUAUCUCAUGAGGAGUAUUUAAAUAUAGAUAUGGAAACUCUUUUUUUACCCGAUUUACAUAUUUCUUUUACGGAUUCAGAUGAGUUAUCCUUUGAAUUGAAUGCACAAGAUAAAUGUAAUAGAAAAAGAAAAAAAAUAGAAAAAGAGAAUAAAAAUGAAGAAGGGAAUAAUAUUGAUAGUAAUGAUGAAAAAAAGGAGUUUAUGUUGAGAUCGUUUAGUGAAAAUACUAAUGAGAUAAUUGAUAAUAAUAAGAACAUAAGAACAUAUAUUGAUAAUUUUAAUUUACCUCAAGACAAUUAUAUAGAAAUAAAAAAUAAUAUCAGUCUUAAUUUAAGUAAUUUAAAAUUAUCAGAAGAAAGUAUUAAUAAUAAUAAAGAAUUAAUUAAAUUUACACAUGUUAAAGAAAUAAAUUUUAAAAAUGCAUAUGAUAUAAUAGGAAGAAAUUCUUGUGAUUUUAGCAGAAUAUAUAAAUUUUUUGAAGAGGAACUUUUAAAAAAAAGUAAUAUAAAAAAUGUAUAUAUAAAUGGGAUAAAGAAAAAUAUUAUUGUGGAUGAUAAUAGUAAAAUAAUUACUCCAAAAAAAACUUUAAAAUUGAUAGAUGAAAUACAUUUAAAAUAUAAAAAAAGACCAAUAAUUUUAAUACCAAAAGAUAAUAAUAUAAUAAAUAAAACUAAUGUUGAAUCCUUUUUUUUGCAUAAUAAUUUAAAUAGUACCAAUCUUCCUAUGCAAAGUAAUAGUACGAAUGGUAUAUAUGAUUCUUUAUCAAUAAUAUAUAAAAUGUUUAAUAAAAGUAUUAAAUUUUUAUUUAUUGAAAAUGAUAAAAUAUCUAAAUUCACAGAAAUUGACUGGAAAUGUGUAAUUGCAGUUAUUUUAAAACCUAAUGAAUCCUUAAAAGAACUACUAAAUGAAUAUCCAUUUCAAUCUCUGAAAGAUUUAUUUCAUACUUUUAAGGCUUUUGUUUUUAUGUAUAAUGAUGAUAAUUUAUCCCCUGAUUUAUUAUCUCAUAAUAAUAUUGAAAUUAUUAAAUUGAUUCAUAAUAAUAGAAAAGAUGAUUACAUUUAUGUUAAUAAAUUUUGGAACAUAAUUGAAAAAUUUAUUUUACAAAGAAGAGAUAAGAUUUUUUUUUUUAAAAAAAAACAUUUAGUAAAUUGA